GGCGCUGCAAUUCAGUCUACAAUUUGGCUUAUUCGCGUUGGUUUGAUCGUCGGCCGAUAAGCGGAUGUCUGCAAACAAAUAGCCAACUGGCAGGCAGUGUAUAAAAUACCGUCGCAGAGGCGAUUAGAGAGUGCCAAAUGUGCUCGUCGCCGUUUCGGUGAUCGCUGCCCAACAAUGUAUAGGCUGAUCUAACCAGAGACCGAUAAAUGAAUUUACGUAUACUCACAUACACAUACGUACGUUUGAAUGACAUAAAUAGGAUUUUCGCAUGGUUGAGGAGAACGUUUGCCAAGUGUGAAAGAAGCGCCGUACAUGAAAGCAAAGCGUUUAUUGUUUUCGAUAUUGUAUUGCGUUCAUUGAAACAACAUUGAAACAAGCAAACAAAAAGACAUUUUGAAAUUUGCAGACUUUUAACAUAAGUAGAUACAUACAUAUAUAAAUAGAGACUUGAAAUAAAAUAAUUAUAAACGUAAAAUGCAUGAACUGUUCACGAAGGUACUCUCUAAACGUGAUCUAUCCCGUGCUGGCGAUUUAUUCUCGGUGCCAGAUUCGGAAAUCGUCAACGAUAUCAGCGAAGUGCUCUCCGAUAUUAGCCUGAUCAUUUCACUUCCGGACUACCUCAAGAAUAAUAAUGAUCAGUCGGUGGUGGAAAUAUGCGUUACGCGUGUGCUCUCUUGUAUACGUGAGACGAAGACUGCCGAACGUUAUUGCGCCGCUUUGGUCGAUUUAUUAAAGACAUGUCUGUUAUGGAACCUCCAACCGGCUGGUUCGGCAAAAGAGGAUCCACCACAUGCGAAAAUUGCUGCUGAUAUUAUUUCUAGCAUAUUUUUGAAUUAUGAUAAAAAGGAGCUGAUGAAAAUCUCAUUGCCCGUUGCGGUACAAUUUCUGCCGAAAGGCAAUCGGGAAUUAUCCCGAAAUUUGGCAAGUUACCUUUCUCUGGCAGCCAUCGAUUACGCUUACUUGUUGAGUCCACAUGUGUCUUCAAUUAUGGACUCCAUAAUGGGUGGUAAUUUCGGUUUAUUGCGGGUGCUCUCUCAAAUCUACGAAGUAUCGCCAGACGAAGUGUCGCCGCAUGCGCCCAUACUGGUCGCGCUGCUGCCACAAUGUGACUCACAGGAGAAAUUGGCGGUGCUACAAUUAUACCUGCUGAUCGCGCAAAAGACACCUUUGGUAUUGGAGAGUUGUGUACCACGGCUUUGUGAAUUGUUGUACGACAACGAAACUGCCACAAUAACAAUGCAGAUUUUGCUGAAGAUCUCCGAGCAGCGUCCGCUAUUGAUAGUUGAGCAUUGUGAUAAAAUCAAAGCGGCCAGCAAAGCCAAUCCGAAUACGAUUUCGCUGGCGGGGCAGAUACUCGCCUCGGCCGGUCGUACGAACAAAGUGCACGCGCAGUACGCACUGGAUUUCGUUUUGGAACACCUGCCACAUGCCGAUCGCACAUCACAGACGAAUUUACUGCAGGAAGCCACGAAACUAUGCUCCUCAUUUCCCGUGUUGUUCACCGAUAAGGUGCUUGCCUGUGUACGACAGAAGAAUGCGUUGAGCCAACAAAAACUUUCCACAACCGACAUCAAUAUUGAUGUGAGCAAUAAGACUUCCGGCGGUGUAACGAUUGUGAAUUUGAAUAGCUCAACUGAUCCGCCGCCGCCUACACCAACAGCCGCUGCCGCCGUGGUCGCCACGGUGCUCAACACAGCAGCAAUCGCCAAUAAUCAUAAUAAUAACUUGCCCAACGCCUCAGCCACCUCGAUACCGAUCACUGCCGACCCAGUAACAUGCCCUACCACUGUUUCGGUGGCCGCAGCUACGGCCACUACAGGUCGUAUGCACAAGAACAAAAACAAAAGUCGCAGCAGUCCGAGCAGCCCUAAAGACGGUAGCCGGAAGGCCUUACUUAGCGGUAAUCUGAAAAUUUCAACAGCGCAGCCCACGGUUGUCAACACAAACACAACUGUUAUACACCACAGUAAUAAUGCAGCCAUGACUGGUGUUGGUGGUGGUGGUGGUGGUGGUCCACCUACACUUGUGCCCCCUACACCACCACAUGCCGGCUAUACUCGACGCGUUAAACUCGGUGAUUCACGUAGUACGGGACGGCUACAUCCUACCGGCAAUACACAUCGCAGCAUGACACGUCUUAAUGUUGCAGGCGGUUCGGUUGGUGGCCUGCACAAGAGCAUGACACGUCUCAGUUCGUCACAGCAUAUCAAUCAGAAUGGUGGCUCGAGUUCAAAUAAUGCCAACAACUCACAGUCUAGCGGGAAUGUGGUUGUUCAAACGGGCACUGGCGCCAGUACAACAACAGUGGGUGCAGGAGCGGGAGCUAUGCCGAAAACGCCAACCACACCAAGCAGUCCGGGUUACGUAACACCUGUGCCACCCUUAAGUAAUAAUGUCAUCAUUACUGGACAUAAUAAAUGGGGUAUUCCUUCAACGCAGGUCACUUCCGGUGGUGUCACAGUGACAACAUCCCCCACUAAGGUGAGACCUCAUUCACAAGGUCCGACCACAUUGCUGAACUCGAGCACAGCGCUAUUAAAAUACAGUACUGAUGCUAUAAAUCAAUCGAUAGGCUCAAUUUCCAUACCGCAAAAUCCGGUUUCAGUUCAUCAUGCAUCACCAGCACUGCCCCAACAGAAUAAUGGUAACCAGAAAUCUGUGAUGAAAUUACCGGUGAAUGGAAACAGCACCCACGAAGUGAUCGUCUCCGGUCCAACCACAAAUAUGACGCCACGUCGCAACAACAACAAUACCAGUCGCACACUACUCAACGCGAAUAAUAGUUGCAUUUUAGAUCAGCGAAUGAGUACAUUCGAACCCUAUCAGAUCAUGCGCGAUCCGGUGCAGCAGUUUUGUGAGAAACAUUUUGGUUCGAUCAAAUCUUAUAUGGAUGAGGUGUCACAAUCACUUCCACCACCAACACGUUGUAGUAUUGAAGUUUCGAAUGAAUUUGCAGAGCGUCGCACUAAAAAGGUGGCUAAGCUUCAUUUUGCCUGCCAAAUCCGUGGUCCACACUGUAUGUACUCGAAGACCUGCUUUACGAUGCGGACGCGUAAUCCAAAAACUUGGAUACAUUUAAUGUUUUUGGACUUCCAAGUGCGACAUUAUGUGAAAGAAAAAACCGUCUUGAGCACACGUGAGCCCGGCAUAAGUAAUUUGAAGAACAUUUGGCAAAUACUCAAGUGCGAGAAUCGCAGUUUCACUGAAUUGGUUACAAGCCAAUUUCCUAAUUCAAAGGACCGUGAAAUUCUCGUCAACGAAUUGCGACAUUCAGGCUUCCUGGAUGUAUUUGAGGUAUCCAAGACGGACACCAGCAAUCCGAAUUGUAAUGAAUUGGAGUACCAAUGGGGCUGCCUGCUGUGUAAUCAUCCGGAUAAAGCAGUUGGUUUUCUCAAUGGUAGCAAUCAGCCAAUGAUCGAGGGUCAGCUGAAGGAGAAGAAAGGCAAAUGGCGUCUGUUUCGACGUUGGCGCACAAGAUAUUUUACGCUCUCUGGCGCACACUUAUCAUGCAAAGGAUCGAGCGGUGGCGAAAGUAUUGACGUGAAUCAAAUACGCUCCGUCAAGGUGUCGCGCGGUGCACGCAACAUACCUAAGGCAUUCGAGAUCUUCACCGCCGAUCAGACAUUAAUACUCAAGCCCAAGGAUGGCAAAAACGCUGAGGAAUGGGUGCAAUGCCUAAGCAUUGUGGUGGCGCAUUCACAGGCCCGUGAUAAUCCCACAGCGAAAACAAAUAGUCUGCCUGCACGGGGCAUGGGCAGCAGCAAGCCAUCGUUUUAG